CAUCAACAUGGCUGCACCGAGCGAAGUGACAGCUCUACUGAAACGAGGGAAACGUAGCGUGGCCAGUCUCUUUAAAGGAGAGUGGUCUCGACGAAAUGGUUCUCCAAAAGCUUUUAAAGAAUUUCUUGACUAUUUAUUCGAUCCCAGGCGGAAGUCAAUCGAAGACGUUGACACGAUAGACUGGUGUAGAUGGAUUAUUGCAGGAGGAGCAACAUUUGAUGAAUUUUCAGCUGCAGUGAAACAGUAUGAUAAUGCUGUGACAUGUGGCCUGGUAUGGACAAAGAAUUUUGUUGCGUAUCGCUGUAGAACAUGUGGAAUUUCACCUUGUAUGUCCCUAUGUUAUGAAUGUUUUCAUUCUGGAAACCAUGAGGGUCAUGAUUUUAAUAUGUUCCGAAGUCAGGCUGGUGGGGCUUGUGACUGCGGGGAUGUCAGUGUCCUCAAUAAAUCAGGAUUCUGCUCUCGCCACGGUCCAGACAGAAAGAACCUCAAUGUAACUCCUCCUCCUGACCUGCUUGCCAUUGCCGAGGCUCUGAUGCCGAGAAUCAUUUUAAGACUUAUUCAUCAUUUCCGGGAUAAUUGCAAACCCAUUGCAUACCGGGAUACAUUCAGUCUGGCAAUGAAUGAUGCAGAGCACUUCCUGUCUUUUCUACAUAGUUUAAGUGAUAUGGGUGCAGCCAUGCGGAAAGUAAUGGGACUAGCUUUGACAAACACUACUAUGUAUAAAUAUUUAACAGAAGUUGAGGAAUUGCCAGAUUUCUCCAACAGUUACUUUGUGGACAGCCAGAAAAACUACAAAAUGGAACUAAAUAGUCUUAGUGUUCCUAAGGGAUUCGAGGACUUUGACCGAUUACCCGGCCUGUCCCAAGAGUUACAUCACAACUGUUUACUGGAUGAACUGGUUUUUUGGAUGGUCAAGUAUGAGUUUCCAGAGAAGCUGGUCACUCUGCUGUUAAGUCUUUUGCCAGAUGACCACUAUAAGGAGGCAUUUACUAAGGCAUUUGUGAAGCACUACAGCAGGAUAUCCCUGGUCCUGGUGAAGGGUCUGAAGCGGACAGAGAUUGGGAAUCGGGUCGUCCACAUCAGCGUCCAAUUGUUCAGUAAUGAGAGAUUGGCCUGUCAGAUGGUGCAGGAGUACAACUUACUGUACACACUCAUCAUCAGCCUCACCCACAUGAUAGAGAAUACUCUACUGGAGAGUUCACUAGAGGAUUUCCGACUGAACUUCCACAUGGUGGUGGAUUGUACCAAUGAUAUUAUGAAGGAGCACAUCUACUGGCCCAUAGUCAGCGAUUUUAUCAAUCUAUUGGCCCAUAAAAAGGUGGCUCACAAAUUUCUCUCUGACAGCAAACUGGUGGUUAUGUGGUUGGAUCUUCUGUCGUAUUUCCAAGGAAUGAAUCUCAACCACCGUGAACUCAGUCAACAUGUUGAGUUCGAGUCUGAGACCUACUAUGCUGCUUUUUCAGCAGAACUCGAGAUUGCUUCAGCACCCAUGUGGUCCCUCAUAUCUCACUGUAAAACCCCAGACAGUAAAGACCAUGUAUUGAACAUGAUCAAAGUCUGUGUGGAUGCUCUCCAGGACUGGUUUGAUGCCAUCAACUGUAAAGAGUCUACAAAGCCAAAUCCUUACCAGCUGACCUUUCACCUUCCUCUUCAUCGUUACCUAGCAACAUUCAUAGAGACUGGGAUUACUCAUCAUAAGUUGACCUUUGACAACCUCCCACUGACUGAGAAAGUCCUAAAGAUGACCUUUACACAUCUCUUACAAAUACAGGUCUGUCUGGCAGAGAUAUACACCUCUAUGUGGGUCAGAAAUGGAAUUCAGAUCAAAGGUCAAGCCAUGACUUACAUUCAGUGUCACUUCUGUUACUCCAUGGGAGAUGCUGACCUAUAUCUGAUGCAGCUUUGUGCCUGUAAAUUUGACCCUGACUACUUUGUGAGAACAGUAAUGGAAAGAUUUCAUAUUGAGAAUUGGUUGACCUUUGGCUCAACUCCAAUCAACACCAGCUUUAAGCUGGAGCCUGAACAACAGAUAGCAAUGGUGGAUGCUAUUCUCCAGUUCUUCACAACACUGCUGGGGGUCAGAACUUACUUAGGUAUCACUGAGAAGGAGCUGACACACCUGGAGAUGGCCACCAUUCUGUGUUUUGGGGACAAGCCACACAGUCAAAUAAUGGAUUCCAUGCCGGAGAGGUCUGGCAUCACAGGGCAGAAGGAAUUGUUUGAGCCCACCCUUGCUGAGAUAGCUGAUUACAAGGCACCAAACUUGGAGUCUAGUGGAGGUCUUCAGCAGGGAACGUACACACCUAAAGGAUUUGUUUGGGAAAAGGAAUUUGAUCCAGUCCAUGUGUCCCUUAGAGCUCUCUACAAGAAAGACAUACAGACAGCACUAGACAGAUACACAGAGCACAUAAGACAGUCUGGGAAAUACAAGUCCAAGACUCCUCCCUGGCCACCAUUCAGACCCCCAGGGAAAAUUUCUCCUGCAUACAAAGACCUGUACAGACUUCUUCAUUGUAGAACGAUGCAUGCAUUUCUCUUCACAGUUCUAUACAGGUUCAUGAAGGAAACCAGCAUUCCAGACAGCAUUUUGUACAACACUGUACACCUCCUUGACCUUGCUUUUACCUUGCCUUCUCCUGAUACCUGUAGAAAGUUUAACAAGUCGUUCUGUGGAAGUGUAACGGAUGUGGAUUAUCAUGACUGGUUCUGUGGUACCAGCAUCCAACAGAACGUCCGCGAGGUCGUGAAGGAAGUGUUGAUUCCGGUCCUGGUCGAGGACUUCCUGCCAUCGUCUCUCUCCACUCUAGAGGAAAUGUUCCAAAUGGCUCCCAGUGCCAUGAUGAAUACGGCUGGUCCAAUCACGGCGGCCCACUCUGGAGCUGUUCCCACAAGUCUGGUUCCCGUCCCUGUAUCUGGACACUGCCACCUGGUGACACACAAGUCUCACCAGGCCACUGGAAAAACUGAUUCUGUGCCAAAAUACGAAAACAGAGGAGUCUCCACUGAGCAUGCUCAAAAACUGUGUGUCCCAAUCAAUGAAUGUAUUAUAAGCAUUCUCAUGAAAAUCCAUGCCAAACUGACUGGGCGAUCUUGUUCCUAUGUUCCUUUGUCUCAGUCUAAGCGACAGUUGUCUGAUUCUGUGAUAGGAGAUGGACCUUUUUUUCUGUGUAAGCUCCUGGACAAAAUGUCACGGAGCAGUACGGAGUGUGCACGUGCCAUUGAGGAGGUUUACAGGUCUCUACAGCCAAAGGAGGCAUCGGGGGUGGGGAAAAAACGAGACACAGCCAAAGAUGAAGAGAGGAGGAGAAAGGCCAGAGAGAGGCAACAGAAACUCAUGAACAAAUUUGCCUCCAAACAGAAAGCUUUCAUGGAGCACAAUCUUCAUCCUGUGUCAGAUGAUGAGAAUGAGGUUACGAGUGACACGUCCUCCACAGAGAUUCCGCAGGAGACCAGAGGCAGUCAGCGAGUUAAGGAGUAUGAUUGUGUCAUCUGUGGAACCACGUCACCCUCUACCGCCGAGAAGACGAUGGGUCUAGUGGUGCUUCUACAGCCAAGUAGUGUGUUGGGACACCGUCUACAGGAGAAUGAUGUGAUCAGUCUGCCCUUGAAGAAGGAUCAACAGCUCUAUUCACACAUCUCAUGUGCCUCUGUCCAGAAACAGCAGCUCAAAACCAUGUUUGAGCACUUUGAAGAGAGCUCGUGUCAAGUGUCAGUGAACAUUGGCUGGGAGGGAGGAGUGGUCAUUCAGACCUGUGGUCACUAUCUACACCUGGACUGUCACAGCUCGUAUCUGUUGUCUCUCAGGACUCAGGAGAUGACAGGAAACUUGGCUGUCAACAAAGGAGAAUACUGGUGCCCCCUUUGUCGACAGCUUGCUAACUCUGUGAUUCCAAUUCCUCCAGAGGAGGACCAGUUUACUGUGAAGAGGCCCUUGUCUCCUGAUCCCCAGCAACUGAUUAAAGACGUAGCUGAAAUGAUGGUCUCCAGACCCAUAACACCUAGAUCCCCUAACCUUACUAAAGUGAUGGGCAGUGUCAUGGAGGACCUGACAAAUGCCACCUAUGGGAAGUUUAAGACCUACACUAGUUCCCAGACCUCAGAGAGUGUGCUACUCUUUGUUUGUUCUGUUGCCAGGACAAACCUAGAGAUGGAGCUAGUCAACAGAGGGAAAGUUCUUAUAGAGUCCACGUCUCAGUCAGGAAAACGCUGCUUCUUGCCAACAUACCAUGUUCUCAGCAUGCACAGUAAAAUUCUGACUACCAAACCCUAUACUGAUCUCUGGUCACACAUGACUGGCUUAUGCCGUUCUGAACAGACUGAUAGUGUUUCCUUGUAUCAUAAAGAAGUCCCACUUUUACUGAAGGACCCCGUGUCUCUCCUUAUACAGAUCUUGUUAACUCUGCCAUCCACAAUGGAAAUAGAACACUUUGAGAGUGUGUUAAGAGUCCUGUACAAUGUUGUGUACAUCAAAGCUAUAGCUACCACCAGCUGUACGUUUACGUCGGAGGAGAGAGAGGCAUGGAGGAAAAAGGGAAGACAUUCCCAGCUGACAUCAUUGGAAGGAAUGAUGAGUCAUGUGAUCACGCGUCUACAGCUGAGUCGGGUUUAUGACGACAUUGAUAUGGACAAAGAUAUUCCUGCAAUAUGUCAGAGUGUCUGGUCACCUCAGAGUGUGGACAUGGCCAUACAGGACAUAUUUCUGCCAUUCCUCCGGGUGGCCGCCCUGCUCAAGUAUCACUUAUUUAAUGUGGAAUUUCCCAAACAAAUGUUCUCUGAUUGCGAGUUCCUACACCUGUGUGAUUAUCUUAGGAUCCAGGGUACUGGCCCCUCCCACAAUGAUGGUCAGAGUACCUGCUCAUCACGUGUAAGGUGGACAACUGAGGAACCGCUCAAUCUGACCCGAGCUUGGUGUACAGACCUAGCCAAUGUAGCCAAUCAGGAACCAGUGGAUUUCAAGUCCCUCCUGAUGGCUAACACAAACUGGAGCCGUCCACAGUUGAUUGAACUGCCCCAUCAAUACUACCUGAUCUUCCAGGCUUACAGCCAGAAGCCAUGCGUGACGUGUGGGGAGGUACCUAAUGACCCGGCCAUCUGUCUAGUGUGUGGACAGUACACCUGUUUCAGACAAAAUUGCUGUACACAGCAGGGGGUCUCUGAGUGUGUUCAUCAUUCCAUUCAGUGUGGGGCAGGUACAGGGAUGUUUCUGCUAAUAAACUCUACGAUUGUGGUGGUAAUUCGCGGUCCACGUGCUACACUCUGGGGGUCUGUGUAUUUGGAUGACCAUGGGGAGGAGGAUCGUGACCUUAAGAGAGGGAAGCCUCUGUACCUGAGCAAAGAGAGAUAUCAUCUGCUCCAACAGCAGUGGUUAACUCAUAGCUUUGACAGAAGUUGUCAACGCUGGAUCUGGCACCAGGAUAGGCUCUAACCAAUCAGAGGGUUAAGCCCCAGCUCAGCACUGGAUCUCACCAAUCAGGAUGUUUAACACAUUCUGCCAAUCAGAGUUUGUCUUUCUUUUCUUUCAGAUUGGAUUUGAUAUUCAGUCAGUCAGACUGUCUGUUUCAUAUGAACAAUCUGGUAGAUAGGAAUGGACUCAACAAUAAGGAUUCUUUUUUGAGAUGGCUUUUCAAAAUGCUCAACUAUGAUAAAGAUACAAUGCUCAUUUUGAAGACUGUUGAAAACAAAAAAAUAAUGGAGGGCUUUCUUUACCCUAUUGUUUUAUUCUCCAUGAUUCAGUAUUAAAGCAAAUUGGGAUGUUUUUUUUUUUUUAAUACACAUGUACUUGUUUUGCUACAUGUAAUUUUGAAAUUCAGUUUAUAAUCACGUUUAUGAAAUCUGGUUAAAAGUCCAUAUUGCUGCAUUAGAACUACUCCCAACAUUGCUGGAUCAUUGCAAAAGAAUAUCAGAGAAUCAGAGGUGCUAGCCCAGAGGAUGAAGUUACUAGUGGAGGGGGUUCAUACUCUUUUUAUGUUGUACAAAAUACUUACCGGGGUAUAGAUCUGAUCACACUCAUUGGUAUUGUUGAAGAGAGUGCAAUUAAGUAUUCAAAAAAUCGUAAUUUUAAAUAUCAAGAAGUUGACUCCGACAAUAUAUCUUAUCGUUUUAGGAUUAAUUUAGCACAUUUACAUCUGUGUAGAAAUGAAAACCACUUCAUGCUGUAAUAAGGUUGUGCACCCAGUCAACUUGUUUACAAAUGAAACAGGUUGAUUGUCUUUUUCUCAGUGAUGUCAAUACGUGUGAAUUUUGAAACCAUUUAGAUUAAGGACAUACGCAACGUACCUUACCUACUGAUAAUUUUUCAAGAUAUUCUUAAUUUAAGAUUAUAGUGCCAUCAGAUGUUUGUAGACAAAAAAAAUCAGCAUGCAUUACCAGGGGUUUUGAAAAGAUAUCAAUGAUGAAAAUUCUUGUACAUGUAUAAUUCAAAGAAAUAUACAAAAAUUACUAAACAUAUAUUCUAGAUGUUUUGUUUAUCCAAACUUGUUUUAAAAGAAGUAUAGAACAGCAUAUAUAGACAUUAAAAUGUAGCACACAGUUCCUUUAAGUGUUGGAACUCUUCAACUCCUGGGAAAAAGACAAUAAAGUUCAAACUAUGUUGCGUAUGUCCUUAAUCCAAAUAUCGGUACUCUUUCUGAAUGUUUUUGGUGCUUUAUUUGUCCCCAGCUAUAGCUUACUUAUCAAUUUACCUAUCUGGCUGGCUGUUCCAAAGGUAAAAGUUUUUUGGGGGAACCUGUACAGAUUUUAUAGUACAUGGAACUUUUCUGUUAUAACGUUGUAGACACACUGUACAGCUUUGUUAGCUUAAGACAUGUUUUCUUUUCUUUAGGCCAAAUAAAAAAAUAUGUGUGGUUCCUGUUACCCGACCGUCCCUAUUUUAUACCCCCGACCCUAAACUUUUAUUUGGCAAUUUUCAUAUUUUUUCCGGAAUUUUCCCCAAUUUCCAUCAAUGGCUCCGGUUUAAGUUUUAGUUUCAGCAAUGACGGCCCCCUUGCACAAAAUAGUGCAAGUGUUUAUUAGUGUUAAAUCCAAAGCAAGCUAACAUGUAGGUGUCCCCUACCAAUAUUGACUAGUAUAUUAUCACACCACAUCUAAAUGUCAUUUGCAAAGUAGUGAUAAGUAUUAUUUAGAAAAAUUAAGAAAAUCAUUUUGUUAAAAAAAAAAAAAUUCCCUACCUACCUACCCUAAUUCUUUUGGAGGUGUAACCGGAACCACACAUAUUUUUUUGUUUGGCCUUAUCAGAGAUAUGUAUGAAUGACUUCUGGCCCCCAGGAUCUUGAUGGAGUUUUAAACUUAGUUAAAAUUUUACAUUGUCUUGAAGUUUUAUAAAAGAACACAUAUAAAAUUUGAAAUGUUUGUCUUUCAUGUGAUUUUAAGACCAUUUCAUGAUUCAGGGGUCUAGUUUAUAUUUCUAGCUAGCCAAUUCUUACACAGAGUUAAGUUGUCAUUGGAUAACGCUGAACAAUUCUAAGUGGACAUUUCAUUACACAUGUACACCAUACAAGGUCUUUUUAAUCUGGAUUACAAGUUAUAGUUACACUAUAGAUAUUAAUUGGUUAGCUGUAAAUACACUCACAGUUUU